UUAUUGUUGUCAGAUGGUGUUACCGUCGGACAUCCAUGUUGUGCUGUUUAUAAUUGCCAUAUUCCACUUUCCAACAAUCAUCAUUGGUUUUGUCCUACUCAUACCAGCCAAAACAAUGAGUGUGCUAUUAUCGGAUGUACACUGCCCAUCGCUGGAGGUCAUCGCACAUGUUCAACUCCAGAACAUCAACGAGUCGAGGAGACACAUGUUUUGCGCAGACAGUCUCGAUUUCAGCUUCAAGAACGACUUGCCCGUGCCCGAGCUGCCAUUGCAGAGAAGAGGGAUGCAAACCAACUAGAUGCAGAGUCUCAACCUGAUGUACAAGAAGAGUAUGAACUUGACGAAAGCGGGCGAGUACUUCCAGCCUCGAAACCAACACAGGGAGAUCCUACAGCACAGCCUAAACAAAAAAACUCAAAGCAACCUUCGGUCGUCGUCGCACCCACAAUGAGCAGCUGA